AUGCCCUCCCGCGAAGCAACUGCCUACUUUGGCGCUGGCCCCGCCCCUCUGCCCACAGCGGUACUGGAAAAGGCCUCUGAGGUCCUCCUCAACUACAACGACUCCGGCAUCGGCAUCACAGAAAUCUCGCACCGUUCAGGCGACGCAGCAAAGAUUCUUGAAGACACAAAGUCAGCAUUGGCUCAAUUGCUCGACAUUCCCACCCAAGAAGGCCCCGAUGGCUACCAAAUCAUUUUCCUGCAAGGCGGCGGUUCCGGUGAAUUCAGUGCUUCGGUGUACCACAUGACUGCUCUGUGGGUCGAGAAGAGGAGACAGCGGAUUGUAAAAGAGCUAGGAGAGGAAGACGAGACAAAGGUCUUUGAGGCAUUGAGAAAGGCGGUGGACGACGAGUUCAAGCUCGACUACCUGGUCACUGGCAGCUGGUCCUUGAAGGCCAGUCAAGAAGCCGCGAGACUCGUCGGCGCAAACCACGUCAAUGUUGCUGUUGACAGCCGCAAGCACAACAAUGGCAAAUUCGGCACCAUCCCCGGCGAGUCUUCGUGGUCAUUGACAUCCGACCCGGCUCACAGCGGCAUGAUCUACUUCUGCGACAACGAGACGGUCGACGGAGUCGAGUUUCCUGCUUUCCCCAAGAUCGACUCGGACAAGUACCAAGUCAUCGCCGACAUGUCGUCCAACUUCCUCAGCCGCAAGGUCGACGUCAAGAGAUACUCUGCCAUCUUCGGUGGUGCACAAAAGAACGUCGGCACAACAGGCAUCACCAUCGCCAUCAUCAAAAACUCUCUCCUCACUCAGCUCGCAAAGCCCGAUUUGCUCCGCAAAUUGAACCUGCCAGUUGGUCCUGUAGUCUUGGACUGGCCCACGAUCGCAAAGAACAACUCUCUCUACAACACGCUUCCCAUCUUCGAUGUCUGGAUCGCCGGCCAGGUGAUGCAAUCUCUGAUUUCCAAGGCCUCAACCUCUGGACCCAAGAUUGCUACGCAGCAGAGCGAAUCAGAGCACAAGGCUUCUCGGCUCUACGGAAUUCUUGACAAAUACCCCGUUUUCCAGGUUGUGCCCGACAAGUCAGUUCGCAGCAAGAUGAACAUCUGCUUCCGCAUUGGCAGCGAGGAUGACAGAGACGACAAGGAGAAGAAGUUCCUGGCUGGAGCAAAUGAGAGACUGUUGCUUGGAUGCAAGGGUCACCGCAGCGUGGGUGGCUGCAGAAUCAGCAACUACAAUGCUGUCAGUGUGGAAAAGGUCGAGAAGCUUGCACAAUGGCUGGAGGAGUUUGCUCAGCAGCAAUAA